GCUUGUGCAAGCUAUGCCGGCGGCGCGCGUGGAGUACAUCGCGCCCUGGUGGGUCGUGUGGUUGCACAGCGUUCCGCACCUCGGCCUGCGCCUGCAGCGAGUGGACAGCACCUUCAGCCCGGGCGACGAAACUUACCAGGAGUCGCUGCUCUUCCUGGGGGUGUUGGCUGCCAUUGGCCUGGGCCUGAAUCUCAUCUUCCUCGCCGUUUACCUGGUGUGCGCAUGUUGUUGCCGGCGGGACCACACGGUGCAGACCAAGCAGCCCGACUCAUGCUGCGUAACCUGGACGGCGGUGGUGGCUGGGCUCCUCUGCUGUGCUGCGGUGGGCGUUGGUUUCUAUGGAAACAGUGAGACCAAUGAUGGGGUGCACCAGCUGAUCUACUCCCUGGACAACGCGAACCACACCUUCUCUGGAAUGGAUGAGCUGGUGUCUGGAAACACCCAGAAGAUGAAGGAAGACCUAGAACAGCACCUGGCCCGGCUCAGCGAGAUCUUUGCUGCUCGGGGUGACUACCUCCAGACCCUGAAGUUUAUGCAACAGAUGGCAGGCAAUAUCGUCAACCAGCUCUCGGGGCUGCCCGUGUGGAGGGAGGUCACCAUGCAGCUGACUGAGCUGUCCCACCAGACUGCCUAUGUGGAAUACUACAGGUGGCUGUCCUACCUCCUGCUUUUCAUCCUGGACCUGGUCAUCUGCCUUGUCACCUGCCUGGGACUGGCCAGGCGCUCCAAGUGUCUCCUAGCCUCCAUGCUGUGCUCUGGAAUACUGACCCUGAUUCUCAGCUGGGCUUCCCUGGCUGCUGAUGCUGCUGCAGCAGUGGGCACCAGUGACUUCUGCAUGGCUCCUGACAUCUACAUCCUGAACAACACACGGAGCCAGUUCAGUUCAGAGGUGACUCGGUACUACCUCCAUUGCAGCCAGAGCCUAAUCAGCCCCUUCCAGCAGUCAUUGACCAACUUCCAGCGCUCACUGACCACCAUGCAGAUCCAAGUUGUAGGCCUGCUGCAGUUUGCCGUGCCCCUUUUCCCUACAGCGGAGAAAGACCUUCUUGGCAUCCAGGUUCUGCUAAACAACUCUGAGACCAGCCUGCACCAGUUGACCGCCAUGUUGGAUUGCCGAGGGCUGCACAAGGACUACCUGGACGCCGUCACUGGCAUCUGCUAUGAUGGCAUUGAGGGCUUGCUCUUCCUUGGUCUCUUCUCCCUCUUGGCUGCCCUGGCUUUCUCCACCCUGACUUGUGCUGGACCUCGAGCCUGGAAACACUUCAUCAACAGGGGCAGAGACUAUGAUGACAUCGACGACGAUGACCCUUUCAAUCCCCAGGCUCGGCGCAUCGCGGCCCACAACCCCACGAGGGGGCAGCUGCACAGUUUCUGCAGCUACAGCAGCGGCCUCGGCAGCCAGUGCAGCCUUCAGCCUCCCACCCAGACCAUCUCCAAUGCCCCCGUCUCUGAGUACAUGAACCAGGCCAUACUCUUUGGUGGGAACCCACGAUACGAGAAUGUGCCACUCAUCGGGAGAGGUUCCCCUCCGCCCACAUACUCUCCCAGCAUGAGGGCCACCUACAUGUCCGUGGCGGAUGAACACCUGAGACACUACGAGUUCCCAUCCUAGGAACUUUCAGGGUACCCGCCUCUCCUGCCAGCUUGGUGUUCAGCGGGUGCAGAACCCAGCUGUGUUUCUGGAAUACAAACCGAAGGUUCCUGGACAUGAGCAGGCUCCUGUGGCUGCAGAGACACAGCUGGGACUCCUGACCAAAGCCACAGGUGGAUACGAGGCCUGUGACUGGACCAGCCUCUCUGGCCUUAAUCCCCCAAGACUUGACUGCUGUCCCUGAGGCUCAGCCCAUCUUAUGUCACACCCUCAGCAGAUGAGAAAUGGCAGUGAGGAGGGGACCAUCAGCCUGAGAGCCCUUUUCUCUCAAGGCCCUGCUCCUGAGCCCCUGCCUCUUGUUGGCAUGGCCCUAAGUCCAGGCUACACCUUCCAGUUACUUUGUCCUAGGUUUCUAGGCUGGUGGCAAUUGGAAGUAGGUGUGUUAGGAGAACACCUGGUCCAGAAUCCACAUUCUGGGACCACAAGGACUCAGUCUAGACCCCAGAAGGACAGCAUCAAGAGAACUCCCUAGAGGGGAUUGGUGGCUUCAAGGUGGGCACUGCAGCCUGACCGCCAUGGGCAGACAUAUGAGAGAAAGCCUGCCAUUCUUUAACCUCCACCAGCCACCCCCAUUCAGGAACCAGGUGUCAGCUGCAGGUGGGGACAGUCUCAGGUAUGAACAGACACUUUGAACGCAACUGAACUUGUUCCCGGUGUUUUAAAACACAUUGAUGAUCCAAAGACUCAGGCCUCCCUCACAGGCACAGCCAGUUCUUGCAAUAGACUCGGGCGUGGGUUUUACACCUGAAGCUAUACUGUGGCUCUCAUACAGCCAUCUUACAGAUCUGGAGAAGAGGCUGAGGAGUGGCUUGUGGGUUUUUUGGGGUUUUGGUUUGCUGUGGUCUUAUUAUAUAACCUGACUGGCCCUGGCCUAGAACGCACAGAGAUCUGCCUGCCUCUGCCUCAAAGGCGUGAGCCACCACACCAGGCCGGGCUGGGAGCAGAUUUGCUUUGCUUUUUCGAGACAGUUUCUCUCUUGUAGCCCUGGCUGUCCU